UAAUAUCCGUAAACAACACCAGAAUCUACUGGAGAAUAAUAACAGUUCUUGCUGUCGGAGUAGAUAUGAGGUUCCUAUUCAUAUACCUUGUUCUCAUAGCUGAUAUCUUCUGUUUCCUUGUUCAAUCGAAACCAGCUGGGAUCGUAAAAACCAAGCAAAGUGAUAGCAUCAACAAUCGCCCUAUCAUAGGGGUCCUUGCUCAAGAGACUGUAGGUAUUUUAAAGAAAUUUGGCAAAUCCUAUAUCCCUGCCUCAUACAUCAAGUACCUGGAAUCAGCUGGUGCAAGAGUAGUCCCUAUAAGAAAUAAUCUCACAGAAACAGAACUGAAAAACCUGUUUUCUUCUCUAAAUGGGGUUCUUUUUCCUGGAGGUGAUGUGGAUUUGUGGACUUCAGGAUAUGCCAAGACAGCUACCAUCAUGUUUGACUUAGCAGUCAAGGCAAAGGAUGCAGAAGACAUUUUUCCAUUAUGGGGUACCUGUCUUGGCUUUCAAAUGCUGCAUGUCUUAGCUGCUAAAGGGAAGAACGUUAUAACUCGGUGUCAUGCACAAAAUGUCAGUCUGCCCCUUAACUUCACCAAAGAUUACAAGAGUAGCAAGAUAUUCAGUCAAGCACCCCAGGACAUAACAACAUACCUCGGUAAACUUCCCAUCACACUGAACAUGCAUCAGAAUUGUGUAUCAACAGAGACAUACRAGAAAGAACCCUUGUUGCAGAAAUUCUUUAAAGUCUUGUCAACCAACGAGGAUAAGAAUGGAAAAGUCCGUUUUGCAUCAACAGUAGAAGCCUUUAAUUAUCCAUUCUUCGCAACUCAGUGGCACCCGGAAAAGAACCAGUUUGAGUGGCCAACAGAGGAGAAUAUCAACCACUCCAAGGAAGCCAUAAUAUCUACCCAGUACAUGGCCAAUUUCUUUGUAAAUCAAGCCCGUCAAAGUAAGCAUACAUUUGCAAGUAAGAAAGAAGAGGAUGCAGAAUUGAUCUACAACUACAAACCUGUACCGUGCCUGCCUGAUGUAACUCAUUAUGAACUAUGCUACUUCUUCUAACUUCUUCUUUCAAUUAAUUUAAAUAAAUAAAAUAGGGUUUAGCAGUGGCAUUUCCACAGAGUGGCUCUGUUUCAUAAUCAUUCAUAAUAGUUUCCAUUCGUUUCCAUAAUCUAUGACGUCUGCAUGAGUUUUUGCCUUCAAUCCAUUAUAUUUUUAAUUAAGCAAAACAAGACUGGGUUUCUUUUCUGAGUAAGGUCUCGUACAUCCACAUGUAUCCAGAUAUUUUUGUAUUUUUUUAAUUAUGGAAGAAUAAACCUUUAUAACUUAA